ACAAACAAAUUUACAGUUUAUAGGUGUGCGCACUUCCCACAUGUGCCUUCUGAUUAAAACAAAAAACAAAAAAAAAAAGAAUUCUCGCAUGCGUUGCCGAAUUAGAAAGGUGCCGGUAUAACAAACUAUAUAGUAUAAUUACUUCGCAGUGUUUCGAAAUUCAGUUUAUGUAUUUAUACUUACAGUAGAAUAAUUUGCGACAAAAACGCCAAAUAUUGACCUUCCCUUUUCUAGUUGUUUAUUAUAUGAAAAAUGUGAUCUUGUAGCCGUAUUAGCAAUUGAAGCUUGGGGAAGAAAACGCUGAUAAAGCACUUUACUACCGGCGUUGGAUAGUUGAGUUCGCGUGCUCAGCGUGUAGAUGGCACGAGGUGUAAUAUUUUGUAUAUGCAUUUUCGCCUAAAACUUGACCCCAAAUUUACUACACAUUCAAAGACGUAUGUCUUUAGCCGACGCUCGUUUCCCAAAUACUGAAAAAAUAAAAAUUUCAAAAGAUCAAUAGGGGUCAUUGAUAACCUUUGACAUGAAGUGAUAAUAGUAUUUGGUCUUACACUGAUAAAAACUUUUGUAGUCUUGGACAAUGCGAUAAAUAUUCAUUGCUAUAUUUUUAAAAUUGCAUACAAUAAAUUAAAUGUCACACCAUUUAUAAGUAAAAUACAAAGAAACAAAAUUAUUCGUUAAACAGAUUAUUUUAAAUUUUUGAAACAUUUUUAUAUAGCAUUGUUUUAAACAAAGUGUACAUAUAAAAAAUAAACCGCAGACUUUGGUAGAUGCAAAAUUGUAGGCAACAAAUAUACGGAUGUGUUUUAAUAUGCUAUGAAGAAUAACUUAUCGAUAACUGUAAAUUGCAUGAAUUAUCAAAUGUUUUUUUUUAACAUCGAUUAUAUUCUAUUGUUCGGUUAAUAUUUCAUCACUAUUAAGAAUUAGAAUAAACAAUUAUUAACCAUCAUUGAUUUCGAAAUUUACGCGCCGUAUAAUAUAAUGGAUAUAUUAAAUCCACAAGAAAACGACGGUGUAGGUCUCAUAAUAGAACCUGGAUAUUCAUGGAAUGAAUUGCGUGAGAACGUAAUGAAUUCUUGUCUAAAAAAAAAGUUUCACAUCCUUUUAGACGGAGAUUCCAAAACAGAAGAAGUGUAUAGAAAAAUAAUGGAUUUAUUAAACUCCGAAUUGAAUUUGGAUGAAAUAACCAGCCUUUUCGUUAUUGUUGGUACUCUUUACUUUGUUGAAGCUACACCGCUAAACAUGGAAUGGCGCACACAACUUCUGCAAAGAACAUUUAACUACACAGACACAUUAAGUCCAAUGCAUCUUCAUUUAGCGACUAAACGACUUUGGACAAGUCUAAAAAAGAAGGAGACGGACGUGUUCAAUAUACUUGCACUUUGUAAUCAAAUGGUUAUCAUAAGUGAAACAGCUAGAGCUAUUUCCGUUUGUCUUAUGUGGACCAUAAUCUCUGAAAUAACAGAUACUCCCAGCGAAAUGUAUUGUUUCAGGCAGUUCACGAAGUUGCUCGAAAUGCUGAAUAAUAUCGAAAAUGAAACACUGCAGGAGGAGGAAAAUACUAAGAUUGUUUACAUUUUAGUACGUGUUUUAAGUUAUCUUAUAAAUGUCACUCUUUGUGAUGCUCAAAAUGAGGAUAUUAUAAAAGCCGGCUAUCGCAUGUACUUUAAAUACACUUCUUCAUUUUUAAAGCAACUUUUGAAUUGGUGCGAAAACUUUAAAAAGACUAUAGAUUCUUGCCCUAAACCAAAGCAAAUUCAAACUGAUUGGGAUCUCCGUAUGAUGAUUACUGAGCACAUCAGCUUUAAUAUUAUUAACGUUCUUCAAGACAGAAUAGAGCAGAUGAGUGCACCGGAUUAUUCCUAGGAUAAAAGAAAGUUAUAGAAGUUUUACAUAAUUCAGUUAAUAAUGUAUGUGAACACUUUUUUUUUAAAGAAAUAUGUAUUUAAAUAAAAAAUAAUUAAAAAUGUA